CUCGCAUGGAUGGGAAAGAACUGUGGGACUGUGUUAUGGGAGUCCAUGGGGGCCUAUUGUGGACAUCUUGCACAGAAAUAGUUCAACUGCUAUUUUUUGUUUAUGUUAACUAGUGCCUGAAGGAGAAUUUUACUGUCCGGAGUUGUAUACUCAUCAAAUCAAUGCUGGAACAAAUUUAUAUGCAAUGGUAUUUAAACCUCACAAUUUUGAACCUGGUCGGAAGUAUCCCACUGUUCUACAUAUAUAUGGAGGCCCUGAGGUGCAAGUUGUAUCAAAUACAUUUAAGGGUAUGCGACAACUGCGAUUGCACAUGUUGGCAGCCCAGGGAUAUUGUGUUGUAGCGAUUGAUUCAAGAGGGUCUCGUCAUCGCGGACUUGCGUUUGAAGGUCAUUUAAGGUGUAAAAUGGGGACAGUUGAGUUAGCAGACCAAGUUGAAGUACUACAAUGGCUUGCUGACACUUUAGAAUUUAUUGACAUGAAGAGAGUAGGCAUAAUGGGCUGGUCGUAUGGUGGAUAUUUGUCUCUCAUGGCUCUUGCACAUUACCCACAUAUAUUCAAGGUCUCUGUUGCAGGAGCUCCUGUGACAAACUGGUCCCUUUAUGACACUGGUUAUACUGAACGUUACAUGGAUCUCCCUGAAUAUAAUCAGCAAGGUUACAAGAAAGGAUCUGUUUUAACUUACGUGAACCAAUUCCCUGAUGAGGAAAACCGACUUCUCAUUAUUCAUGGUCUGAUUGAUGAAAAUGUCCAUUUCCUUCACACCAGUCAACUAAUUAACUUACUUGUUAAAGCAGGAAAGCCUUACCAAUUACAGGUUUAUCCUAACGAAAGACACAGUUUGCGACACAUGGAUGCCAGCAAACAUUAUGAGACUGUGUUAUUGUCAUUUUUGCAGAAUAAUCUGUGAAGCAAUCAUACAUUUUUCUUUGUUUAUCAGUAGAGUAAAUCAAUAUAGGUGAUAAAUAUGGCCAUAUAUUAAUAUAAUUUUAUUAUUAAAAUUGGUUGAUGGACUGGAAAGCAAAGUACAUUUUGAUGUUCAGAAUACUUCAAAAAAAUCAGAAAUAUGAUGUCACAAACCACUAAAGUGUAGUACUUAUUACUUUAACUAAUCACAGAUAAAUUGUGUACUUUAGUCAUAAAUUUCUGCUGACUUUAUCUCAAUUUUUUCUCUCUAGAACAGUGCUAGAUUGCGAGGGAAAAUAAAUUGUGUCCUUGUUGCAUCUUUGUUGAAAAUUGUAUUCUUUCCUUUAAGUUUUUAAAUGAAAUAAUGACAUUUAUGAAAUGUAUUUGUGCUUUUAUUUUUAAAAUUGUACUGUAAUAUGUGUCAUGCAAGCUUGUUACCAAGUACAGAUACUGUGUUUUUUUCUCCAUUCAGUUACUGGAACUUUCUCUUCUUGCUUGUGUUAGGGUAUGUGCAAUAGCAUAAUAUUUGCAUAUUUUUCUUUCUUUCUUUUUCAAUUCUUGUCAAAAGAGUUUUGUUAACGAAAUGUUUGUUUUAAAGCUGCCAUCUUUUAUUGACUGAUGACUCACUCGCUAUAAUUCUUUCUUCUAAGUUGAAGCCUUAUCAAUAAUGAAUUUAUUCGAAUGUAUAUAAACCAUCAUACAUCUGGUUUUGUUGUAAUUUUUACCAUUUUAAAAGUACCUUUCUUUUCGGUGAAUGGUUUUUGGUUUUUUUAUUCAAGUGGUAUUUGAACUUAGGGCUGUUGGGGAGUGAUUUUUGUGUUCAUUCAUUGUAAUAUUGCUGUUCAGUAUUACAUAUAAAUAAUAUGUGGGACUAAUUUUUUCCCCAACCUCCUAAUUUUUUUUAAGCAUUGAAUGAAGCAGACUAUGGGGCUUUGACUCGUUUAAAAAUACUGUUUUGAUCAGUCGUUGUAUCAAAUGCGUGUAAAAAGUUUAUUACAGAACAGAUGAAAUGCAUUACAUAUAGGCUCAAUUCAUCAUGCUACGAAAAAGUUCAUAAGUCAAUGAAAAUGCAAAAAGAUUUGGUCACUUUAAUAUCUUAUUGUCUUUUGUGGCGAAAUGAAAAAUAAUAUCUCCUUGGCUGUGGUUGAGUGAAGUUUUUACAAGGUGUGUGGAGGUUCAUUGAACUAGUUUUGUAGUAACAGGGUUCUGUUGAUUCCUUUGUUCUAUUUGAAUGUUUUAUUGUGUUAACAGAGUACUUGAAUCAUUUUACAUACUGUACUGUGAUUUUUAAAAUGCAUGUGAUGUAGACUACAACCCAGACAUAUACAUCAUUUUCUUUACCGCUCUGUAGUUGAAAUGUCCCUUCCAUUUGUCUUCAUUGUCAUUGCUACCUGUUUUAAUUACAUCUCUUGCAACUCUGCAACAGUAUCGAUGGUGAGUUAGUAGAGAUUAUGACUGUCAACGUUAUAUCUUGCUUUAAGUUUGGUGAUCUUUCUUUUCUCCAGUAACUUUUAAAGACAUUAGAUGAUUGGUUUAUCCUCAUGGAGCAAAGCUAAAGCAAACUGAAAUACGAGCCACAUACAUACUGGGCUAGUUAGCAGAUACCAGACAGAGUUAGGUAUGUAAUAUCGCUUUGGCUUCGGUUUGCUUCAAUUUUGACUUUGGAGAACAAGACUUAACUAACUCAAUAAAUUUAUACUGUUUGUCAUUUUGAUCUCUGAUGUUUUAAGGAGUACUGCUUUUGUUUAAUCAAUUUGGAGUGUUGCAGUGUGGGUUUAAUUCUUAAAAUCAGCCAUCUAUCAAGAACUGUUUUGUGAUUUGCUCUACAAAGCGUUUUUUAUGUGUGCCAACCGCCUUCCUUACACCUACAAAAUUGUUGAAUGUGGUUUCUCUGCUUCACAUUAAUUUUUUAAUUGUUCUUCUUUGUAUGUAUCAUUGAACCAUCACUAUUUGCUAAGUUGUAGUGUAACAACUGGUGCAAGACUGCAUAAUGUUGAAUUUUUAAAGAGAUUUGAGACUUAAUGAUUGUUUAUGUCAUAGCUAUUCUUGAUAUGUAAGCUGAAGUAACAAAAAUGAUUAAAGGGACAUGAUAGACCAAAGUGA